AUGAAUGCAAAUAAAUUUAUAAACAUUGAUGCUAAAAUUAUUUUUGAGAUGCCAUUUAAUGCUGAUAUAAUCUGUACUAUUGAAAAUAAGAAUGAACUCUCUCAGAAAGAAAUAAUAGAACUAGUGCUUAAAAUUGCUAAUAAUAAUGCUUUAAAAGCUAUUAAUUUGAUUAAAACAUAUCUUUUGCAACAAUUAGAUAAGUUCAAUGCUACUGAUAAUAAUAAAAAUACUAUCUGUCAGUUAAGCCAGAAGAUUUCAAGAUUAUCUGCUUUGCAAAAAAAACAAGUUAAUAUUACAAGUUUUUUUCACAUUGAGAAUUAA